AUGGGUACCAUGCUGCCUCUAGAGUGUGCUGUAAGGCCUGUCGAAGGAUUGAAUGUCACCUGUGAUCUGGGCUUCGAUGCCGUCGAUUUUUGGUUUACGGCGGUUUUUGACUGCAAAUGUCCAAGCUGGAAAGCGGGGGAUAAUACUAAUGAUCAGUUUACCUGUGCCGGCUGCAAGCAUUCACACUGUGCCGACGCCGACUCUCCUGAAUUCGUUAAAUGGAUUGAAACAACUGCUAUUCAAAUGCGGCUGCGGAAGGCGCUGAGUAAUCGCUUUCAGCCCCAGGUCGAUGACCUGCCUCCAUUUGAGAGGCCCAGCAUAAACACUGCCGUACGUAACUUAAUCAUUCGCAAGCUGGCAAAAAACCCCAGCGAGCCGCGGACCUUCCUCAAUCUAGGCAGACUCGUGCUAACCUACCUCAACGGUAGACAGCUGCAAAAACCGAAAAAACGUCGAGGCAAGAAUGAAAAUGCCGUCGGUUAUAGGCUGAUUUACAUGCGCUGGAUGUGCCACUGCUACAUUCCCCUUUUCUGCGCCAGCUUUCCCCACUUUGAGCCCUCGCUUGCUUUUGGAAAGAACUUCUUUCUGGCUGUUUUGCCCGAGCUGAAGUCCGGCCUGAUUGAAAGAGUUCGCCAAGAGAAGGCCACUGGGAAACUAGCAACGGAUCUUUCGAGCUUUAUCGAAGAACUGGAGACCGAGGCUCGCCUUCCCAACUCCGCCAUCUGGGAUCCCUUCUUCAGGCCAUUCGCUACUACGGAUUUAUCUGAAGACUUUAAACCCUUCGACCUGACAAAGAUGGAGGAGAAUGGUUCGGUACACACGGGACCCACGAAAUCAUCGGAUGAAAUAUGGACAGCUGGUCAUAACACACCGGUGCACUCUAUGAAGCCAGGCAGUCCCUUACACAGUGUUCGCCUAAGAAAUCAGGCUGCUACGGCGAGCACGGAAGAGAGCGACCUUCCGGGAACUCCACACGUCUUUUCGAGGCAGGCAGGCCUGCAGUCCCGAUCACAGACAACUCCCCUUGGUGUCUGUUGCCGACCUCAGGAUCCCGACUCCAGCGCCGACCAGCUGUCACUACCAGCAAAGCGAGCCCGUCCGUACAUUCCGGGGGAUAUCAAUCCUCUGGAAUUGGAAGAAGUGCUAAAGGAGCUUGAUGAGGAACAGAAGUUCGGUGGACAUCUCCUUCCCUCGCCCACGCUGCGGUCUUUUCAUGCCGCCCGCGAUGCUGCCGCCAGACGUGAGGAGUCGGCGGGUACGAUCGAGUUCCAUGUUGUCAACAACAGUCUCAGCCAAAAACAGGAACCGCAGACGUACAUUUGGCUCCUCGAGCUUCUGAACGUCUUUGCUAUCCAAUUACCUCGAAUGCCCAAAGAGUAUAUUACUCGCCUCGUAUUUGAUCCAAAACACCGCAACCUUGUUCUCCUCAAAGUUUCCGAGUCUGGAGAACGCAACGCAAUCGGAGGCAUUACCUUUCGCAUGUUCCCAACACAGGGUUUCACUGAGAUCGUAUUUUGCGCUGUCAUUUUCAAUGAACAGGUGAAG